GGCUCUGCAUAAUCAGCGGCUCCUCGUCUUCCUCCGAGUUUAUUUUGCAAGUCAAGGAGUUGACUCUAUCGUGUGUCUCAUCAAGAGCAAUGACGCACAGUUCAGUUCUGCCUCUGCUGCUCCUGCUGGGCACGUGUUCGGCUUACACCUACCAAAAUGUGGCCUUGCGUGGAAAAGCAAGCCAGUCAGGGCGUCAUCCAGACCAUUAUGGAGAUGCAGACAAAGCUAUUGAUGGAAGCCGUGAAUCUAACUAUUAUCAUGGAUCAUGCAGCGCUACUACUGCGAUGACCAACCCCUGGUGGAGAGUGGACCUGCUGGAGUCCUACAUCGUCACCUCCAUCAUCAUCACCAACAGAGCAGACUGUUGUGCAGAAGGGCUCAACGGGGCAGAGGUUCACAUCGGCAACUCUUUGCAAGACAAUGGCGCGGCAAACCCAGUGGUUGGUGUGAUUUCUCAUAUCCCUGCAGGCAGGUCUUUAAAAAUGACUUUGACCAAACUUGUAGAGGGACGAUACGUGACGGUGGUUGUACCUGGUUCAGGGAAAUCCGUUAUACUCUGUGAGGUGGAAGUGUACGGGUACCGUGCUCCAACUGGAGAGAACCUGGCACUCCAAGGAAAAGCCUCACAGUCAUCACCUACUUCUUUUCAAGGCAUAGCUUAUAAUGCCAUUGAUGGAAAUCGUGCAAGUGCCUGGGGCCAGGGUUCUUGUACCCACACAAAGGCUGACUUUAACCCCUGGUGGCGUCUGGACCUCGGCAAAACCCACAAAAUUAAUUCUGUUAACAUAACCAACACUCUAGAUUCUGUCCCACAACGACUUAAUGGAGCUGAGAUCCGAAUUGGAGAUUCUCUUGAAAACAAUGGCAACAACAACCCCAGGUGUGCUGUGAUCUCAAGCAUCCCUGGAGGUUUCACGGAAACCUUCCAGUGUAACGGGAUGGACGGUCGCUACGUCAACAUCGUCAUUCCUGGAAGAAGCGAGUACCUGACACUCUGUGAGGUGGAGGUGUACGGCUCCAGGCUGGAUACAUGUACCAUGAUAAGAUGUGCACAUAAAUAUCACUGUGUGGUCCACAUGAAAUCAUAUCCAUCUGCACUGCAUAAACAGCGGCUCCCUGUCCCCUCGUCUUCCUCCGAGUUUAUUUUGCAAGUCAAGGAGUUGACUCUAUCGUGUGUCUCAUCAAGAGCAAUGACGCACAGUUCAGUUCUGCCUCUGCUGCUCCUGCUGGGCACGUGUUCGGCUUACACCUACCGAAAUGUGGCCUUGCGUGGAAAAGCAAGCCAGUCACUGCGUAAUCAAAACCAUCCUGGAGAUGCAGACAACGCUAUUGAUGGAAACCGUGAUUCUAACUAUCUUGCUGGUUCAUGCACCGCUACUAAUGCGCAGACCAACCCCUGGUGGAGAGUGGACCUGCUGGAGUCCUACAUCGUCACCUCCAUCAUCAUCACCAACAGAGGAGACUGCUGUGCAGAAAGGCUCAACGGGGCAGAGGUUCACAUCGGCAACUCUUUGAAAGACAAUGGUGCGGCAAACCCAGUGUGUGCUGUGAUCUCAAGCAUCCCUGGAGGUUUCACGGAAACCUUCCAGUGUAACGGGAUGGACGGUCGCUACGUCAACAUCGUCAUUCCUGGAAGAAGCGAGUACCUGACACUCUGUGAGGUGGAGGUGUACGGCUCCAGGCUGGAUCAGCAAUAUAACCAUCCUGAGAAUGCCAAAGCAAUGACACACAUUUCAGUUCUGCUUCUCCUGCUGGGGACGAGCUCAGCUUACACCUAUCGUAAGACAGAAAAUGUUGCCUUGCGUGGAAAAGCCACCCAGUCAGACCGUCAUGGGGAUAACUAUGGGGCUGCCUACAAUGCUAUUGAUGGAAACCGUGAGUCCAACUACUUUGCUGGAACGUGCACAAGGACUGAUGAGCAGACCAACCCCUGGUGGAGAGUGGACCUGCUGGAGUCCUACAUCGUCACCUCCAUCAUCAUCACCAACAGAGGAGACUGCUGUGCUGAAAGGCUCAACGGGGCAGAGGUUCAUAUCGGCAACUCUUUGCAAGACAAUGGUGCCGCAAACCCAGUGGCUGCUGUAAUUCCUCACAUCCCAGUUGGCAGGUCUUUAAAAAUCACUUUUACCGGACUUGUGGAGGGACGUUUUGUGAUUGUGGUUCUACCGGGUUUAAAAAGGAUCCUUACACUCUGCAAAGUGGAAGUCUACGGGUUCCGUGCCCCAACAGCACAGAACCUGGCAAUCCAAGGGAAAGCCACACAGUCAUCGCUGCAUUCUACAGGCAUUACAAGCAAUGCUAUUGAUGGGAAUCUAAACACCGUCUGGAGCCAGGCUUCUUGUACUCACACCGGAUCCGAAUUGAACCCUUGGUGGCGCCUGGACCUUGGCAAAACCCACAAAAUAUUUUCUGUUAACAUAACCAACUACAGAGAUGUUAACUUACAACUUGUUGGAGCUGAGAUUCGAAUUGGAGAUAUUCUUGAGAACAAUGGCAACAGCAAUCCCAGGUGUGCUGUGAUUUCAAGAAUUCCUCCAGGUUUCACUGAAAGCUUUCAGUGUAACGGGAUGGACGGUCGCUACGUCAACAUCGUCAUUCCUGGGAAAACCGUUAACCUGGUGCUGUGUGAAGUGGAGGUGUACGGCUCCAGACCAAGCGACACAUAG